AUGAUCUUUUGGCUUUUAUGUCAUCGGAGACUAGCUACUAAAAGUAGGUUGUGUCAUCUAGGUUUCCUUCAAAAUACUACUUGCCAUCUCUGUGAUAAAGAGGAGAAUGACAAUCACAUCUUUUUUGCUUGUGAAGAAUAUCGCAAGAUAUGGUGUGCUAUUCUCAAUUGGCUUCAGAUAGAUCAUAGUCCAAGAGCUUGGGAUGAGGAAUUUAUAUGGAUUAUGAACAUGGGAAAAGGAAAGGGUUGGAGGGCUAGACUCUUCAAAUUAGCAGUAACCGAAACUGUCUAUGGUGUAUGGAUCCAUAGAAAUAGAGGUGCCUUUGGUCAACCUAGUGAUUAUACUCAUAUUAUUCAUGAGAUUUUGGAUAAGAUUGUUUAUAGGGGUUGGACUUGUAAAAAUCUUAAAACUCAUAUAGCUUGUCUUAUGGUUUGUUAA